UGUGCUUUUGGAGAAUACAGAGUAAAAUAUGCUUUCAUUCCUUUCACAAAAUAUUUUGACAUUACAUAGUUAUCGCGGAUCUUAAUUUUCUGGAAAAUUUAAUUUGUUUACUGAGAGUCUAAUUUUUUGUAAGUUGUAAUUUUGUAUUCAUAACAAAUCGUCUUGCGUCGCACGUGUGUAUUAGAAGAAAUGGUUGUUUUCACAUGUGGUUAUUGCGGUGAGUCUGUGCAGAAGCCAAAAGUAGAAAAGCACUAUAUGACAAAAUGUAGGAAUAUGAGCCCGAACUUGUCAUGCAUGGAUUGCUUCAAAGACUUUUUAGGCCAAGACUAUGUAGCACAUAAUAAAUGCAUUACAGAGGAAGAACGCUAUUCAGGUAAAGGUUUUACUCCAAAAGAGAAAAAAGGAGAGAAAAAACAGAGUGUAUGGGUUGACAUGUUACAAUCUGUUCUUGAUGAGCAGAAAAAUAUGCCAAAAAAUGUUCAAAGAAUCAUUGAAUCCAUAAGCAAGCACCAGAACACUCCAAGAAAGAAGCCAAAGUUCAUUAACUUUGUUAAAAAUGUGUGCGGUAAUAAGACAAACCCUAAAGACAUUGAUCAAGCCUGGGAUAUGAUUUCUGUCAAACUUGCAGAUCUUGCUAAAGCCACUCAAAAUAAUAAUAAAAAACAAAAUAUUACCACCAAUGGUACUGACAUUCAAGAAAAUGGUGAUAAGGAUACCCAAGACAACAAUAAUACUGACACACAAGAAAAAAAUACUGACAAAUCUGACAAUAUUUUGAAAGCAAGUAAUACAAAUGUAACAGUAGAAGCAGAAGAUCAAAAUGACGAAACUGAACUAAACAAUGGCGAGGUUAAUAGUGACAAAAAAUUAUCCAAAAAACAGCGUAAAGAAGAAAAGAAACGCAAGAAGUAUGAAGCAGAAUUAAAAAGUGCAGUAGCACCACCUGAAGAGCCAGAAGUUGUGGAAGGCAAAAAAGAAAAGAAGAAGAAGAAUAGAACAGAUUCUGUUAAUGGAAAUACUGAAGAACACGGGGCUGGUAAGAAGCAGAAAAAGCGUAAACGUCAAGACACAGUUAACAGUGUGAAUGGGGCUCCAGAACCAGUUGUUAAUGAAGUGGAAAAUCAGGAAAAUGAAGUGGUUAAGGAGAAAACUAAGAAAAAGAAGUUGAAAAUUGAUGGUACUGAGGAGGCGGAAGAAAGUAUUUGUCUGCAUGACCAGAAUGUGGCUACCAUAGAAGAAUCUGGGGAGCAGAAUGGUGGGAAAUUUAACUGGCAUGCUGUUAUCAUGUCAGUUUUAGAGAAGAAAGGUAACGAGGUGCCAUUUAAGAGACUGCAAAAAAAGGUGCUAUCAGAGUAUACAGAAGCUACAGGUAGAGAGGUUGAUGAUAGAAUAGCUGAAAAAUUUAUAAAGAAACUGAAAAGUGCCCCAAAUGUGAGGGUAGACAAAAACAGAGUUUUGCUUAUUGAAUGAAAAUAUGCCAUAGAGAAUGCAUGGACAAUUUUAAAAGAAUAUAUUGAGUGUGUUUUAUAUCUAUGCAUUUUUAUGAUUUCAUGUGUUAUAAUAAGCAGUCAUAAUAUUAUAAUGUUAAAAUUUAA